AUGACUAAGAAAAUUUUGAUGCUGCACGGCCUGGCUCAAUCUGGGGAAUAUUUUUCCUCCAAAACGAAAGGUUUCCGGUCUGAGCUAGAGAAGAAAGGUUAUGUCUUAUAUUAUCCAACUGCACCAAACGAAUAUCCAGCUCCAGAUUUUGACAUAUCUGAAUUAGGCUCAGACCCUGCAGAUGCAAGUAAAAUCUUGGCUUGGCUAAAGAAAGACCCAAUAAAUGAUUCAUACGAGUUACCUGAUACCACCAUAAAGUAUCUUCAUGAUUACGUUCUUGAAAACGGUCCGUUUGAUGGUAUUGUAGGAUUUAGCCAAGGGGCAGGCGUAGCUGGCUAUCUGGUAACCGAUUUUAACCGAUUAUUAGGGUUAUCGAUUGACGAACAACCACCUCUGAAAUUUUUCAUGUCUUUUGCAGGAUUUAGGUUUAAACCAGAAUGCUUUCAAGCUCAAUAUGAUAUGCACCCCAUUUCUAUUCCUUCUUUGCACGUUUAUGGUGAUCUAGACACCAUAACGGAACCGGCAAAGGUAGAAUCCUUAUUCCACUCUUGUGUUGAAGAUAAGAGAACGUUCUUGAAACACGGUGGCGGUCAUUUUGUUCCCAAUUCUCGAGGAUUUGUUAAAAAGGUUGGGGAUUGGCUUUCAAUAGUGGAGGAAUUAUAA